CAGACGACGUCCGCUGCUGCUGGCCGGUCCCCUUGCGCCAUGUUCUUUGACUGUUACAGCUCGCUCAUGACGACCGCCCUCGGUCCCUGAACUUACUACCCCUUAGUCAAGCGCUGAACUACCGACAUCUACGGGCGGGCAGCGGUCAGCACGAAAGAAUGCCGUCAGCCAAAACCUGAAGCUUGUUCGGUCUGUGCCCCCGUCUCCCGCUCCACCCUCCCUCCCUCCGCGCCGAUGUCGUCCAUGGACAGACUGACCGAAACGGAGAGCGCUGUCGCUGACUGGACAACUGUGUCUACUUUCCCCGAACGACCGUCGACAAACCUGAGCGAUUGCAGGACGCCAUCGACGAGUUACGACAUCGAUUACGGACCAUUUACGCACGAUGACGUUUUCUGGGCGUCCGCGGACACCCAUUGGGCGGUAGACUGGCAGACCGCCGCGGAAGAGAAGUGUGUUUCUGAGAUGUUGAGCCCUCCGUCACCAUGGAUGCACCCAAGUUCUGACAGAAAUGGAGGACAUGAUGCACAUGACGUCUACGAUUGGUCGUGGUAUGGUACGUCGGAUGAUCCUUUUAACCAAAAACGUGACAACACUUGGUCGGCGACAGGACCAGCUCCUCGCAAGCAACGGCGAGAACGGACCACGUUCACGCGGGCCCAGUUGGACGUGCUCGAGGCGCUGUUCAGCAAGACGCGCUACCCGGACAUCUUCAUGCGCGAGGAGGUAGCGCUCAAGAUCAACCUUCCGGAGUCCAGGGUGCAGGUCUGGUUCAAGAACCGGCGGGCCAAGUGCCGCCAGCAGCAGCAACAGCAGCAGAACGGCUCGGCCUCCUCCAAGCCUCGCCCAAAGAAGGCCAAGAGUCCCGCGCCCUCCUCGAGCCCGACAUCGUCGAGUCGCGGCGAGUCCCCGUACAAGCCCUCGGCGCUGGUCGCCGCCUCCCCGCUGGCCAGCGCGGCGGCGUCGCCGCUGCACCAACAGGCCAGCUCCAUCUGGAGUCCCGCGGCCAUAGGGCCGGCCGUGGCCGAGCUCAUGGCCGGAGCCGCAGCCCACCAGCGGUCUCCCUACCACACGGGCACCUCGUCCGCCUCCUCUCACGUCGUCCAGGGACCCGCCGUGUCGGCGAGCCAGGCGGCCCUCUCCGGCGGAGGGCCUCAGCACGGCCCACCUCACUCGCUCCAGUCGGGAGGUUGCUACGCCCCCGCGGGACAUUACGCGUCGCCCUACUACGGCAGCAUGGACUACCUGAGCGGGCCCAUGCACCAGACGCCGCCCCCACCCCAUCCGUCGUCGCUCCAAGGCCCGCACCCGACGUCCCACCACCAGGACCGGCCCGGGACGCUGAGUACGAGGACGCCGCCUGCGGGCGACUGCCUGGAGUACGGCGUGUCGUCGGCUGGGGACAAAGGAAGCGGCGGUGCUCCCUGGAAGUUCCAAGUUCUCUGAGGGCCAAGAAAAAGGAGACAACAAAAAGAAGGAAGCCCGCGGUGCGCGUCGUGCAUGUGUUGCGGGUGAACGCGCGCGUGUUCCGAUCACGUCUCGCCUGCAGAAUGUGCGCGCCCUCUUGUGAUACGCCCGGGACAAUCGCAUCGCUUCGUCACAUCUCCUGUGUGUGUGUGUGUGCGUGUACAUAAGGAACAUUUUGUAGAGGGCGCCACCGUCGACCGUGACGUCGAAGCUCCCGCAUGCGAUGGGCGCGUCUCGUGUGGACCUCGCGUGGCGCGGACAGUUUGCCGCGAGCAGAAAGGAGCAGGAGGAGAAGUAGGGGAAGAGGAAAAAAAUGGGAGAUGGGCUCCCGAACCUUUUUCCCGUCUCUCCUCUCCAUCUUUUUAUCUCCAUCAGCCACCACUAAAAUACGUCAGCAGCCACCAACUAGCAGCGGCAACCAGCUGCGGCCACAACAGCAUCGCGAGCAGCAUUGACAUCGGCAUCAGCAAGACGCCGCGAUGGUUCGCCUGCUCUUUGGAAGGUAGCCCUGUGUUGUGCGCAAAGCAAACAAGCGCUUCGUCUUGUGUCGCUACCGAGGACGCUCGACUUUCAGCUAAGCUCUUAUUUAAGCUGUAAAUAAAAAUCGAAAGAAAACACAAAAGAGCGAGUCGGAUGGAAAAUUGUGCUGGACUCGAGUCACUUUGCAGCGGCCAUGCGCGUUGCGUCUGACGCCGUACUGAUGUGCAUGCGAGUGCCGUUUCCCGGCAUUCCGGGGGCUGCAACGGAAGCAUGGAGAUGUAGAAUAACGUGGGCGUGGCUAAAUCAGGAAGCACUUUCUUAUCGCCUGCAACGUUCAGAACGAAGACGCAUACCCUUCAUUACAGACAAUAUAGGCUUCGUGAGGUCGCCCAGCGAAGGGGGUACCCAUUGGUUAACCCUUUAACUGGCAGCUCAGCUAUAUUGUCGAUAUUACAAAAAUGACUGCAAAAUUUAUACAACAUCAAAUAUUAGAAUGUGCCUGUCAUCUUACAUUAAUUUGUGCCUGCUAAACAGUGGUAAUCGCAAAGAUGUCGACCGUAAGCAGCAGCAGAUAUUUUGGUGACGAAACUCGGAACACCUCGUCGGUAUCGACGUGUGGUGGUCGUGCUAUCGCUAAUGAGAAUUUUUUUUUCCUUUUUUUUGUCUCCUUUGAUGUGGAUCUCAAGAACUCGCAUUUACCUUGCCAAAGCAAGUACCAAACACAAGUUUUGGACCAUACGUUGGCCUCUAAUCAGCUGGUCAACAAUAUUUUUGACACGCUUUAUGUCACUUAGUCUUCAGAGAAACCCUGUCAUAUGUCAUUUGGUAUGUAUUUGAACAACAUCAAAAAGAAAUAAAGAAAUAAAAACGUUCUAGGUAA